CGUCACUUCCGCACUCGAUGAACCGCCAUGGCUGUACAGCAGGACCGUGGCGUCCCCCUGAGUACUCUUUCUCCCAAGUACCUUCAUACCAAUUCUACCAGCCACACCUGGCCUUUUAGUGCCAUUGCUGAGCUCAUAGACAAUGCCUACGAUCCAGAUGUCCUGGCCAAUGCUUUCUGGAUUGAUAAGACUGUUGUCAAAGGACACGAUUGCCUCAGUUUCAUGGAUAAUGGUAAUGGUCUGGACCAUGAGGCCAUGCAUAAAAUGCUCAGCUUCGGCUACAGCGACAAGGUUUCCGUAAAGGGAGUGGAACCCAUCGGGAUGUACGGCAACGGUUUCAAAUCCGGAUCCAUGCGUCUUGGGAGAGACGCCAUCGUCUUUUCCAGGUCCAAGAAUGCGUCAUGCGUCGGGAUGCUCUCUCAAACAUACCUGGAAAAGAUCAACGCCCAACAGAUUAUUGUUCCAAUUGUCUGCUUUGAGCACACAGACGGCAACCUAUGUGUAAGAGAGGAGCACAGAGCCAGUCUGCAGGACAUCCUGCACUACUCUCCUUUCGUAACUGAGACGGACCUACUCACUGAGAUCAGUGCCAUCACGUCCACCUGCUCCACCGCGACGACCGGCACACGCAUCAUAAUCUGGAACCUGCGCAGGACAUCCACUGAAGCCUUGGAGUUUGAUUUUCAGGCAGACCGUUACGAUAUUCAAAUUCCGUCCGAUGUCUAUGAGGAGUUGACCUCGGCUGGUGACAGAAUCCCCUCACACAUACCUGAGAGUGUUUACUCACUACGGGCGUACUGCAGUAUCUUGUACCUGAAGCCUCGCAUGCAUGUCAUUAUACGAGGUCAGAAAGUGAAAACUCAGCUAAUAGCCAAGAGUCUGGCCAACAGCAAAACAGACCACUACAAGCCCAUCUCUCUUACCAAAAGAAUUCCCAUUAUUUUUGGCUACAACACCAAAAGCAGAGACCACUAUGGCAUCAUGAUGUAUCACAAGAAUCGUCUCAUAAAGGCCUAUGAGCGUAUAGGCUGCCAACUCAAGCCCAACAGCAAAGGUGUCGGCGUCAUUGGGGUCAUAGAGUGCAACUUCCUUGAGCCCAUGCACAACAAACAAAGCUUUAGUGAGAAUGACAAGUACAGGAAAACUAUGGCCAGUUUGACAAUCAAGCUGGAUGAAUAUUGCAAUGAAAUUCGCUACAGGUUGACCAGAGACAACCCAGACAGAAAGGUGGAAGUGGAUGACAUCAGCAAGCGUGCGGAUCAGAACUGGGUGAUGUGUGACCUUUGCAGGAAAUGGCGCAAACUGCCUGACGGGAUCGACUGUGGCAGGCUGCCGGACAGUUGGUUCUGUCAUAUGAAUCCCGAUCCUCAGUUCAGGAAUUGCGAGGCUGAAGAAGAGGCUCAGGACUCUGAUGAUGAACAACCGUCAUACAGAAAAACAUACAAGCAAAAAGAGAGGGAGGACAAAAAGAAGCUAAUGAGUAAGCAGAAGGUCGAGGCUGAUAGACGGCGUUGGGAAGAGCGGCGCAUGGCUAAGCUGACGCUGCAAAACCAGGCUCUUCAACAGCAGGAGGAGGACCUCAAACGCAAGCUACAUCAAAAAACCGUCCAUUCCCCCACUACUCCCACUACCUCAGAGAGAAGGUUGAACAUGGACUCAGUACAGGAGACUUCAUCCUCUCCAGGGGUGACCGCUGUGUCUGGAACCUCCCCCAGUAGCAAUGGUUUUCCAAUUAUUUCAAGCGUGUACUCUUUGUCAACCAGUCCCUCAAGGAAAAAAAGGAGGAUGUCUGCCGAGUCACAAAGCACUCCGAAAAGUCAUAGACAAAAUCUCUUCCAAGAAGGUGCAUCCGAUGGUUCGUCAUCAGUAGAUGUGAGCCCGCUGAGAAAUGAGGCCUUUGAACCAAAAAAGGCUGGUGCAGAGUUUAUGGGGUUGGUCAAUGAAGGAAGUUCUUCCCCUGCACCACCUCCUGGCAUCAGCCAGAUGGAAGCGCCACAGAUAAAGGGUGAAAAGGAGGAUAAGGCAAUAAUUAAACAAAAUCCAGACCAAACAGAAUGUGGGGCUGUUGCAACUGCCGAGCGAGGCACUCAGUUUUCGAGAAUGAUUAAGAGAGAAAAUAACACUCAAAGCAUAAAUGAAUCCAAUCAGACUGUGUAUAUAGAUAGCGAUGAUGAUAAUGAAAUCAAUGAGUCAUUAGAAUGGCCUAUGGAAACUACGGAACAACAAGAUGUGGACCAUGAGGAGCGACUUCAGAAUAUUUUGCCGUUUUCUGUCAAUUGUUUACACCAAUCAAGCCAGACAGAGGAAUCAUGGCCUGAUAAAGAUUAUAAAAGCUUGUUUGAGAAAGCUGAAGAAAAAAUUAAUCAACUUGUGAGCAGCAGAGCUGAUUUAUUGGAAACAGCUCGGAUCAAACCUAGUGCUACCCAGGCCGAGGAGGAUUUGGGCAACAUCACGUGGCAAGUUGACUCUCUUGUCCGGGAACUCGAUCAAAGAACCAGGGAGAGGAAUCAACUGCGCUCUCAGCCCGACGCGUCACGGGUGAGCCACACGUGUGGGGCGUGGCGUUUGAAAUAGGUCCGCUCGCUAUAAGGAGGAGAGGCGGCGAGGAAUCGACUAGUCCAAGACAAACCCGUCAUUCAAACAAAGCUUCACACCCAAGAGAGGGGGACCACUUCUGACGGGGAGAAGCGACGAGACGAGCUGGGCUUCUUGUUUUUCUUCUUGGCGUUGACUUGCUUAUCCUGCUCACCUCUUCUCGGGGGGGUGUGUGCGUGUUGCUGUCGCCUCUUUAGCAUCCUGACGCUAGCUUAAAAGGUACAUGCAGUUGUGCUCAUCAAUUUCAGCCUGACCACUACUUACUUCCACGUGAAUAUCUAUGCAUAUAUUUAAGAUUAAUAUUAUUGUUUUUUUUUUAAUUUUAAAAAGUGUUUUUAAAAUUAUAUAAAUAUUAAAUUCGCUCGUAAUGUAAAGCUGUCGUUUCCUGUUUCGAGGUGCCUUCGCGUGUCUUGCUUGUUAAACGUCCAAAAGUCGUGACUUUUCAUUCUUCAUUUCAUAUAACCCAAAAUAAAAAUGUAUUAGAUUGGGGAGGGGGGGAUGGGGAGGCUUUCAUACGUACCUUUUCAUAUACGCAUACUCGUGAGAUGCGCAGCAGGAGAUGCCACACGAGUGACUGUUGUAGAAAUUUCUCACCUACUACUACGCAGGUUGCCAACGUUAGCGACCCAGAGAUAAAAUGCCACGCGAGUCACUUUUUAUAAAUUCAGUCAUAAUUUCACACUCACAAAAAAAAAGCCUAUUCCCACAUACUAAUUUUCAUUCAUUCAUUGCCAUAGACGCAUAGUGUACUCGUGGUAAGCACCUGUGCUUCACAGUUGUAAGGAUCUGCGUUCACAUCUCGGCUAUGACUUUAAAAAAAAAAUACCUAUAAUGUGUUGUGUCAAGUGACUGUUUGGGAAAUUUCUCACCGUCUCCUACACAGGUGUCCAACUUUUAGAGCCAAGUUGGAUCGCGACUCACUUUUUUUUGGUUCAUAAUAGUUGAAAAUCCCCCCCCCCCCCCCCCCCCCCCACCCCAAAAAAAAAAGUCUUCAAUCAUCAUUACGAGUUGUUGCUCUAGGCAUCAUGGUGGUCUAGUGGCUAGCACAUCCACCUCAUAGUUUUAAGGGUCUUCUAAUGAAGUUGCUGGGAAAAAAAAAAAGUCUUUAAUAUGGAGACCUGCUAGAAAUUUCUAGCUUUCUACUAUACAGGUUCAUAACUAGGGGCCUGUCGCCAAAAUGGGUCAGGAGUCACUUUUUGUCAUAAUAUUGAUUAAUUUGUUGCAGUAGGCAGCCUGACAGAUUCGUGGUUAGCAUGUCGGCCUCUCAGUUCUGGGUUUUGGAACUUUCUCACAUUCUACUGCGCAGGUUCCCAACUUGUGGGGACCUGGAGGAAAAAUGGGUUGCGGGUCACAUUUUAUUGGGUCAGAGUAAUAAUUUCACCAACAAGGCUUUUUAUUCAUCGCUCAUUUUGAUUGAUUUGCUGCCUAGGCAGUUUGGUGUAUUCGUGUUUUGCACGUCUGCCUCAGAUUCUUGAGUUUCUGCAUUUGAAUCUCAGCUGCGAUCUGUGAAGCCCACUUUUCUCCUCUUGUAUGAAAGAUAAAAAAUUAUGACUUUCAAAAUGCAUAGACAUGAAUGACCGUUCUAGAAAUGUGUAUAUGACUGAAAAAAAUGCCUUUAAUGUAUAGAUGCAUGUGGCUUCUAGAAAUUUCUCCCCUUCUACUGCAGAGGUUACCAACCUAGGGGGCCUGGAGCCAAAAUAGGUCAUGAGUAACUUUUUUUUGUUGGGUAAGAGUGUCGCCCAAAAAAUUAUUCCUCAUCACUUUUUUUUUUUUUUUUUUUCUUCCGAAUGUUAAGCUCAUUGAAAACUAAAUUGACCAUGGGUGUGAGUGGUCGUUUGUAUGCAUGUCCCCUGUGGUUGGCCGGCGACCAGUCCGGUAUGUGCCUGCCUCUCGCCCCAAAGUCGGCUGGGAUAGGCUCCAGCCCAGUCGCGACCCUAAUGUAGACAAGCACUAUAGAAAAGGCAUGUAUAUGGAUGUAAAUGUGAAUGAGCAGCCACAGCAUAGUUGUAGCAUUAGUAGUUCAAACUAACAACCACAAUAAUAGCCAUCCAUUUUCUGUACUGCUUUUCCUCACUAGGGUUGCUGGCACUACAAUAAUAAACAUUGUUAAUACAGUUCUACUUCUGACAAUAUCAAUCAAAACGAAACAUUAUUACCAAGAAUAUUUGAGACAGUUCUUGUAUUGGAGCUCUUUAUCUUGUGGCUGGUCAAUGUACUGUAUGUGCAUGUUAUGGUAAUACACAAUCCAUUUUAGUAACCAAAUUUCCAAUUUAGAGUUUAAAAUGUUUGUAAAGCCCUCUUACAGUUCUAAUAGGAGAGCUUUGUACACAUUAUUAAGUCAGUCAGUCACUUCGCGCAGUGUAUUAAAGGCGCAUUGUUCCAUUCCAGUUGCCUUGCAACCUUGCAAGGCGUUCUGCAUUCGUCAGCUUUAUUAUACAGGUAGCCAGCGAUUGUGGUGGUGGUGGUGGUGAGGGUGGGGCAGGGGGGAGAAGAGUCACACUGUCAUUAGAGAAUAAAGUCUGGGCAAAUGUAUUGUUGUAGCAGUAGUUGUAACCCUCAGGGCUGAGUUAAUCGACUUCUGUCAUCUUUGUGCACACUGGUUUUAGUGUCUUACUGCAGCAGAAAAACAAUAAGAACAGUAACACCUGACCCGGCUCCAGUUUCAUCACUCUUGCAGGGAGUUAGUUGUCGGAUAUACCUGACUUUGUGCAUCCUGUUGCGAAACGAUAAGGGCAAUACUAAUUGAUUCGUCAGCUGAACUCAAGCCACAGUCAGUUGUUGUCUUGUGGUUAGUGCCAAAGAUAAUUUUGUAGGUAACUGUCCAAACUUGUGCAAGCUGGACUAUUUUCACAGACACAGCAAACUAAACAUACAUUUUGCCUCACAAUCCCUACAUGUGUACAUGAUUUUGAGGUGGCACAAUGUUUUCAAAACUUUCAGGUAUUCAAAAACAUUCAGCUCUCUUGAAGAACGCAAGUAAAAAUGCCUCAGUGCAUGAUAUUUCAAAUGAAAUUCUACUGAAUUCCCAAAACAACAGGCUUCUGUAACUUGUACAAAAUUUUACUAACAUAAGAUAUUUCCAGGUAAAAAAAAAAACAAAUCAAGAGUAUGUAUGUGUGUGUG